GUAACACGAUCAGUUUCAGUAGUGCGCCGGCGAUGGAGCGAACGUGUCUGCUUGCUUGUGUGCUCGUAUGUGCAGUGGCCGGUGUUGCCGGCCAAGUGGCCACCAUGUGCCGGCCCAACGAGCGUUUCCUCUCCUGCGGCGGUUGCCAGAAGACCUGCGCGGACCCGGCGCCGGCGUGCGCGGCGGUCUGCCGGACCGGCUGUUACUGCGAGGACGAUCACGUCCGGAACAGUACCGGACAUUGUGUGAAGCUGUCCGACUGUCCGGCAGCAUCUGCAGCCCUCAAACAAGACACCACGGAACCGCGUCAAGAGUGCCCCGCCAACGAAGAGUACCGUUUCUGCGAGCCCUGCAACAAGACCUGUGACAACCCUAACCCCAUGUGCCCGGCGCAGUGCUCUAGAGGAUGCUUCUGUAAGGGAGACUUGGUGCGGGACAGAGAUGGCAGCUGUGUGGCAUACGAGAAGUGUCCCCACAAGUUGACCUGCGCUCCUGGCCAGGUCUACAAAGAGUGCGAGCCCUGCGAGAAGACCUGCUCCAACCCCAACCCCAUCUGCCCCGCCCAGUGCAACCGAGGGUGCGUCUGUGAGGAGGGACUGGUGAAGAGCCCCAAUGGACAGUGUGUAAGGAGGGAAGAGUGCCCUAAAGCCGAGGUGACGUUCGGAAACGACCCCACCAUCGAAGACUGCGCUCCGGACGAGGAGUUCCUGGCGUGCGGCUGGUGCGAGCCGAGCUGCUGGGCGCGCUCCCCCGUUUGUCCAAGCGUGUGCACCCGCGGAUGCCUCUGCCGGCCUCCGCUAGUGAGGCAUUACAGCGGACACUGCGUGCAACAGAAGGAUUGCGAGCCACAAACUUGCACAAGCCCCAAUGAGGAAUACGUCUGCCGCUACGGAUGUGAGAUCCUCUGUGGAGGCCUAAACACCUGUCCCGAUCGCCCGAGGCGUUGCCAGCUCGGCUGUCAUUGCAGGAUUGGUUUCCUGAGAGACACCGCUACUGGCCGCUGUCUCACUCCUGAAGAAUGCAAAAACGUAACUAUCACUUCAGUCCCGGGUUCGAAGCCGGAUCUGCCACCGAUAUUCAGAGUGCGGGUCACACCCAAUCCGCCGAAGCUACUCGAGGAAGUCAAAUCUGUUGUUCCAGAGAAUUAA